UUUGUCAGUCGGUAGCAGAGUGCACGCACGGUGGUGGAGUGGGAUUACUCUGUGUGGAGCUUGCGUUCUUUUUAUAACACGUUGUACCCAAAAUGGCGAACUGCGGUCUGUGUUGAGAAGAGUGUUUGGGGCGUGGAUGUCUCAUGGAAACUUUCUUCGUGUGGUCGAUGAAAUUCAUACUGUUAUUAAGGAGAAUGGACUAUUGACGAUAUGAGGACUCCACGUAGACUAAGCAUCAGUAUCAAGAUUGAUAUGAAGUGUUUACGACCCUUGCUGCCGCUCGUCAUAGGGCUGUGUCUUGGGAUUACUAUGAGUAUGAUGUAUGCUCCCUUCAGUGAAGAUAGCUGUGAGACAUACGUCUCCAAGCAAGACCCACAAGAACUUGUGAAAAGACGUGAAACAAAAUCCUUAGAGGUUCAACAAGAUGUGGAAGGGAAGUUUGAACCCCGAUUGCGACUACAAGAAAAACCAGGGGGAAAUACUGGACUCGGUAAUGUUGGCGGGUCGACUAAAAAACUCAUCCGACCUCGGUAUGCAUCAACAGAAUUAGGAAUACUUGAUAAGCUGUUUGUAGCUGUGAUAACGUCGAGGAAUACUAUCGACACGCUAGGUGUCGCUUUCAACAAGACAGUUCAACAUCAUGUGACCAAACUGGUUUUCUUUAUGGAUGAUAAGGGUGAGACUCUGCCUUCAGGGAUGUCUGUGGUGAGUUUUGCAGACAAGCGUCCACACCUCAUCCCAAUACACAUUCUCAAGUACAUCGCUGAACAUUACCCAGACAAGUUUGACUAUUAUAUGUUUGUGUCUGAUCGAACUUACAUCCGCGGGGAAACACUGUUUGAUUUUGUGAGUGGUGUGAGUGUGAGCCAUCACAUGUACCUGGGAUGUCCAAAAGCUGCUGAAGGGACAGCUGUGUACUGCUCCCUGGAUGGUGGGAUCAUCAUUUCUCAGUCAAUUCUGUCUCAAGUACUGUCUGAGAUGGAAUGGUGCACUACUAACUGCCAUUCUUCAGACCCUACCAUCAACAUGGGCAAGUGUCUUCAACAUGCCACAGGCCGGUCUUGUCAAGGUCAUAUCAAUUUUCAUCCGUAUGGACACACACAAGUGCACGACUUCGACUUUGAUGAUGAUAUACAGACUCUUAAAGACAAGGAGACCUUUAACAACUCGAUUGCAGUUUACCCGAUGCCUGAUGACACUAACUAUUACAAACUUCAUCGAUACUUCUGUAUCCUGGAACUGAAUCUGACGGAGCAAGCCAUUGCCAAGACAACAGAAAAUAUCAUCUACAUGAGCCAGUUUGCCCCUGGGGGCAGAGACAGCAUCACGUGGCCAGUUGGUGUCCCUGAGCCAUAUCGACCCAAAAACAGAUUCGAUGUCAUCCGCUGGGACUACUUCACGGAAACUCAUAUCUACUUUGAUGAUGAUUUCUCAAAUGUGGAGGAGUUAAAAGGUGUAGACAAGCAAGAUAUUCAAGAAGUCAUCAGGCUCUCCGUCGACAAGUUAAAUGUGAAGUACAACAACCGCUUCCUGUACUCCCACCUGGCCAAUGGUUAUCGCCGAUUUGACCCCCAGAGAGGAAUGGAAUACACAAUGGACAUAGCGUUGCGGGAUAUCAGCGCUGCCAAUAAAGAAGUGGAGAAAAGAGUGCACCUUGUACGACCCCUCGGUCAAGUUGAAAUAGUGCCAAUGCCAUAUGUGACUGAAAACACUCGCAUCAAUCUCAUUUUGCCAGUUACGGAGGAAGAUAAAGACGGGGUUGGAAAUUUCCUCGACUCAUAUGCUCAUACAUGUUUAGACUCAGGCGACAAUACAUACCUCCUGAUCGUGUUCAUUUACAAACAAGGUUUUCAGGAAGACACUUUCUCAGUUCUGAAAUCAAUGAUUUCCUAUUAUGAAAAAAAAUAUCAAAGCAGCGAUAAAAUUGCAUGGAUAUCGCUUCAACAUAAUAGUUCGUAUUACUCAGAGUUCUUCAUCCUGGAUGAAGUCUCGCUGAAGUUUCCACCCGAUUCUCUGCUCCUGAUGUGUACUGUGGGUAUGGAACUAGCAGCCGAUUACUUUAAUAGAAUCCGCAUGAAUACUAUUCAAGGAUGGCAAGUGUUUUUUCCAAUCGGGUUCUGGCAGUAUAAACCGAAUCUCAUUUUUGAUCGUAAACCCUACCCGACCGUCAUCGACAUUAACGGAAAGACGGGGCAUUAUGAUGCUGAGUCUUAUGAGCACAGUAGUUUCUAUAAUGCGGAUUUUAUCGCGGCAAGGAAAUUACUGACAUCAACUGAAGUAAGAAAUGAAGGAUUGUUUGACAUGUUUGUAAAAUAUCAGCUUAUACAUGUUUUUAGGGCAAUAGAACCGGACCUUAAGCAUCGGUAUAAACCAUUAGAGUGCUAUCCAAGUGCUCCGGAGAAACUGUAUGCAGCGCGCUGCUUGUCAAGAAGAGCUGUUGGUUUAGCCACCAGGGGACAAUUAGCUAAGCUUGUGUUUGAACACAAAGACAAGAUUCAACAGGCAAGUGCUAAUAUGAAAGGGCCGGAAGAUGACCCUAACAUGGAACCUAUUAGACUGGAAAAUUAGUGUUAUCUUGUGGAGGAGAAUGCACAUUCUGGAUGUGUACUCCGGGAGAUCUGUGUAUUUUGUGAUAGUUGCCUGACGAACUUCCUAGUUGUCCUUGUAGCUAUAUUUUGUUGUCAUGGUUAUAAAUCAUAUAUUUUUUAAACAGUUGGAGUGUGCCUCGGUCUGAUUGGUUGGAAAUGUUGUUUAAUGUUAUACGAAGGGGGGAAAUAGUCUGUAUUUUUUACUGCAGUGUGCAUAUAUUCUUGAUACAUGUUAUAUUUGUUUUUAGUCCAAAAUUUGA